GGAGGGUGCGAUCGUUCUCUUUUUUUUUGUUGAAAAUCUGUUUUUUUUUUCGGUCCGAGAUUUUUUUUUACAUCGCACCUACGCACAUUCCCCACAUUCUCACAUCUUUUUUUACUGCACCGUCGUCGUACCUCGUCUUUUGGGAGCGCGGUGCCGGAGGGAAGCAACAACAACAACACAACUCUAGUAGUUUAGGUCUUUCUCCAAGGGCACGCCUGGUCGCCGCGGCUCGCUUUCUAACGGGCACCGCCGUGAGGUAAGGAUGGGGACAAGAGGUGGUGGUGCUGCGAUGGUGGCUGUGGCCGCCGCUGCGGGGCUGGCCUCCUGUAUCGACAUCGGGGAAGCCCUCGCCGUUGGGACGGACCACGCGUGCGUACUUCUCGAUGACGGCACCGUAAAAUGCUUCGGCCGGAAUAGCUACGGGCAGCUUGGCCUGGGAGACACGGAUGACCGGGGGCAGAGCGCCGGGACCAUGGGGGACAGCCUGGCGGCCGUCGACCUCGGCACGGGAGCCACCGUGGUGGCGAUGUCGGCCGGGAGCGAUCACACAUGCGCCAUCCUGGCGGAUGGCAGCCUCAAGUGUUUCGGGCGGAACAACAAGGGUCAGCUGGGUCUCGAUGACACCGACGAUCGUGGUGACGAAGCCUUUGAGAUGGGCGACGAUUUACCCGCCGUUUCUUUGGGAACGAACCGCACCGCUGUGGCCGUCUCCGCCCAGGGCGACCGGACCUGCGUUCUCCUCGAUAACGGAAACGUGCGUUGCUGGGGCGACGCAGCGUACGGGGCCCUCGGGGGAGGGGACGAGACCACCACCGGAAACGGCGACGGCACCAUCGCAGACUCCGUCGACCUCGGCGUCAACGGCACCAACACCGUCGGCGCGAUAGGCGGGGGCCCGUGCGCCGUGUUCCAGGACGGCAGCCUCAAGUGCUGGGGCGAGGGGUUCUACGGGCAGAACGGGCAGGGCACGGCGGACAGCCUCGGCGACGAGCCCGGGGAGAUGGGGGAGUCCCUGCCCACCGUGCCGCUCGGGGAGGGCGUACUGGUGGAGUCUAUCUCGGGGGGGAGGGACUACCAGUGCGCCGUCUUGCAGGACGGCGGCCUGAAGUGCUGGGGCAGGGCGGAGGGCGGUCAGCUCGGGAGCGAGGACAUCCUCACCGUUGGCGACGACCCCGACGAGAUGGGCGACGCGCUGCCGACCGUUGAUCUGGGGUCCGCGGAGACGGCGGUGGAGGUGUCGACGGCCUCCUCCCACACCUGCGCCCUCCUCGGGUCCGGUGGCGUAAAGUGCUGGGGCAAGGCCUUCUUCGGAAACCUGGGGCUCGAGGAUUUCCGAGCAAAGGGCCACGCUCCUAGCACGAUGGGGGACCUCCUCCCUCUGGUGGACCUCGGUACCGACAGCGUCGCCCUCAGCGUCGCCGCCGCGGGACAACGCACCUGCGCGAUCCUCGAAGGCGGGAGCCUCAAGUGCUGGGGGGGGAACUCGGGGGGUCAGCUGGGUCUGGAGGACAUCUUCCCUAGGGGCGUAUCGGCCGGGCAGAUGGGGGACAGCCUCCCGGCGGUUAACCUCGGGACCAACCGCACGGCGGUGGCGCUGGCGCGGACCGUCGUCUCCACCGCGGCGGCUGCCACCGCUGCUCCUACCCCGGCACCGACGGCCGCCCCUACGACCCUGUCACCCGUGGUUGCGGCUACGUCCCAGCCGGUUUCGACUCCGUCGCCUACCCUCGCUGCGGCGUUGCCGACGCCGUCGCCCGUGGCGCCACCCACCCCUGCCCCUGUCGUCCCCGUCACGACGCCUCCCACUCCGAGCCCCACCACCGCCAUCGCGGUCGAGGCUGAGGAGGACACGGGCAGGGGGGGUAUCGCUGGGGCCAUCGACGGCAUGGACAAGACCGUGGUGGUGGCCGUCGCCGCCCCCGUGGGGGUGAUGCUCGUGCUCGGCUGCCUCGUGUGCGCCGCGAAGCGGAAGAAGAGGCGAGGUGCCGAGACCGCGUCCGCUUCCAGAAAGGGAGAAGGUUUGUCCCCGUCCGUGCCCGCCAGGACCGAAGAAGGCGGAGAAACGUAAUAACGACGGGGAUUAUUUUGUGGACUAGGCUUACGACGGCGAUCGCCCUUGUGUGACUCCAUUCCGGAGGUACUGUAAGAAGCGUGUCCACCAACCACGUCCGGAAAGACCGAAGGGGCGUAAAUCGCGAACCCCAACUUUUUCUCGUCUCCCUUCCUCGCGGGCGCGUUUUCUCGGGUUGUUGGUUAAUGUAACGCUCGUCCUGUGUCCCUCGUCGGGCAAACAUUGCGAGUGCCCUUGUAAGCGAGCAAUGCCUAGCGCCAACGCGAGCACUCGCUGUACGGAGAAAACGUGAAAAUUAUAUAUAUAUCCGAAUGCUACAUUACUAGACUAAACAUCAUUCCCACGCCUCUAUCUGUCUGUUUGUGUCUUGCCCAAUCUGUUCCCUGCGUCCUUCGGACAGCAUCAAGCAGCGAGGCAUCACUCGCCAGCAACUCCGAUGGGGGGGGGGUGUAACUCCAUGGUGCAGGGGGAGGGAGGGGGGUGAGGGUAAACGCACUCCCCCCCCCCCCCCCCCCCCCCCCCCCCCCCCCCCCCCCCCCCCCCCCCCCCCCCCCCCCCCCCCCCCCCCCCCNCCCCCCCCCCCCCCCCCCACCACUUCCCGCGAGGACAGGAUUCCGACCACCGGUUGCUGGGCGAUGCGGAGCGAGAGGUCGACCUCGUGGUCGUUUCCUCCCGAACGCGAUGCUUGCUUGGCUUUGGAGUCGGUCGUGCUCUCCUGUACGCCUUUCGACUUCUCGAAGGCUGCUGCUGGUGCCGGCGGUCGUGCAUGCGACCCUCUCUCUCGUGUCAUGUGUGUUUAUUUUCAACUACUACAGUAGCACAGCGGUCUGGCACCGUGUGACCGGAUUGGGCAUGCCGCCGGUGACGGAGGGUAGAGUUCAAGGUCCAACCCUCCCUCUGGAGGGGGCCAGGCCGAAAUUCUACAGCAAACGAGCGUGUGCGCGUCUUGUGGGUGCGGGGUGUGCGUGUGUGUUGGCUAUGUCGUGCCUUCGGCGCCGAGUGGUGUUGGCGGGGGCGCGGGCUAUGGCUGAUCUGGCUCUCUCUCUCUCUCUCUCUCGUGCGACGGUGGAUUCACUGAUGGUCCGUGAUUUUUAGGGUAGGUUGGCCCUCGCUUACUGGCUAGCUUGCUUGCUUGCUUGCGUACUUGUCGGGGGAAUCUAGGAGUGGCUGCUGAAAGGGUGUGUGGCUUCAAGGGCGUAAGCAACGUGGUGCAAUAAUUUCGCUUGGGGACGGCCUGCUGCUCCUUCUGAUCGGUAAGAGGAGGCAGGCAGCGAACAGGCAAAGGGCGCUGGGGGGGGGCUGACGAGAGGCAUCAUUUCGAGCCUGGGAUCGAGUUGUUUCUAGCUGCCUUUUCGGUUCCCUCUCCCGACUUUGGUGUUUAGUUAUUUCUGCCCAGCAUCGAUGCUGGCGUGCCGUUUUGUGGACGCAGACGUGAGCAGAAAAGAAAACGAGGGACACGUAGCAACUGGGUUGGGCUUGUUUUCUUCGGGAAUGGAUGGAACCUUUCUCGGUUUGUUUCGUUUUACGUGUGGGCUCUGGGUUGCUUGGCGUUUUUUGAGUGGCCGGCAGGACAUGCGUACAUUUGUUGGGAGGAAGAGUCGCGGAAACCGGGAGAUGUUCCUGCGGUGCAGGCUUUGGUUGUUUGCUUCCACCGACUCCCCCACUCAAUGUCUUGUUUGCAGCAUUGGUUUGUGCGUAUUCGCUGCAGCAGGGUAGUAAGUGUUUAUGCUCGUUUUGAAAGUGGUCUUACAAUAGUUGUUUCCCUUCCCCCCUCCAUGGGUGUGAUCGAUUGUGUGCAUGUGUCUGGUGUUCUUGUCGAUGGGGUUUGUUGCGUGUUGCGCUCACGGUUCGAUUCUCGUUCGGAGCGCGCACGCAGUGCAAAGGAUGUCUUGCGGUGAUCUUCGUUUUGUCUAUCGUCCGUCCUGGCUGCUGUAGUUUCUGUUGUUAAAAAGGCACAUGUACAAUACGAAUGGUAGUAUCAAAUUUUGGUGGAGGCAACGAUACGGUUGAUGGAUCGUUAGAUUUUGCGCACUUUGAAGUAGCGAUGGAUUGUUAGAUUUUUCGCACGCCAGUAGCCAUGCAGAAGCGUGGAGCAUGUGGUUCGAUAUUCCAACCUAGCGUCGGCCGCACCUGUGUUCGGUCUCGUGAUUGCAAGCUGUCUGUCGGGAAUGAUUGUGUGACGUCGUUGCCCACGAUUUUGAAGGGGUAUGUCCACAGCGCACCGGUUGCGAAAUAUGGCGUGUUGCUUUGGGCGAGAAGCAAAGGUCUGAACUGAAACUACGUCGUCGAUCUGCGUCGGUCCCGGAAAGGCCAUCAAUCACCCUUCAGAUGUUGUUGCUGCCGGAGGCGAUGUGGCAUUUUCCGCGUCCUCUCCCGACGCGCUCCUCCUGUUAUUCUUGUUUUGAGUAGUUUCAUGGUUGAGUGCGUGAUUCGCUGUUGUUUUGGUUGUUGCCCCUUGAUUCAUUCUGUCAAAUAUUGUUGCUCGUUUGUUGUUGUUUUUUGUCGAUUCGUCCAACUUAUGUCGAGCCACACGCCCCUCGCGCUAGGUCGUUUGUUGCCUCAUUUUUGUCGAUUGUGUCGAGCCGCCCCCCGCUCUGCGCCAGGCUGUGUUAGAAGGGAUGUUCGUUGUUUUUGGUCUUUCUUGGGGAUGGCUCGUUGUGCGGAGGAUUCCGGAGAAUCGAUUUUAAGUCGAUACCAUGUGGCAUGUUUUGUUAAGCAACUCGAGUCAGCUGUGAAGCCGCCACGGCUGCUGCUGCGGCGGCUGUUUUCCUUAUUUUGCGAUGCCCAUCGUGUCUUCGUGGCUAAUUGCAUGUGGAGGGUGUAGCACGGCGCCAGUGACUGGGAGUAUUUUAUUCGUGCGUAUAUGUACUGUACGCUAGAAUUUAUUUAGUGUUUGUGAAAACAAAGGUUAUUUUUUGGCCGGUCGGUCAACGGUGGUAUCUAUGUGAAAAUAAAGGUUAUUUUUUGGCCGGUCGUUCAACGGUGGUAUGUAUUGGUACGUGCGGAAGGAACCAAGGCAGGCAGGCGUUGUUAUUCCACAGGCCAGGUGAUGCUGUGAAGAACACAACAGUUUUCCGGAAACAUCCCACCCGGGCGGUGCUAGUUAUUGUAACGCGGAGAUUUUUCUCGGGAGGAGAGGAGGGAAGGUGGGAGGAGCGCUGUGUUGUUGUGUUCGGUGCUCCAUCGUCAUCAUUGCGAGCGACACUCACCUUUGCGGAGAUGCUGCUGUGUUUAUUUUUGCGAGGUGCACAUGGACGUCACACGGCUGGGCUGCUGCUGCCGCUCUGCGUAGUCAAGAGGAUGUAGACUUCAGCAGUGUGGGCGGGAGAAUACGUGGAGACUGAACUGUUUCAUUUGUCUGCCGCAAAGAUUCAUUCGUUUGGCGGGAUCCUUUUCACGUUGCACAUGUUGCAACCAUUGCGGAAACUUCGUCCAGUUUCGUUCUCUCACGCGGUCGACAGCCACACAAUCAACGAGGAGAUUUAUUUGUUGACGUUUGUUUGUUGUGUUUUCGAU